AUGUUUGUUAAUGUACGAGGACCAAAAUCAUUUGCGCAUUUGAAAACUGUGAAUGGCCACCAAUACCAAAAAUAUCUAGAAGUAUGUCAACUAUUGGGUUUGCUGAAGAACGAUUCUCAAUGGGAUUUAACACUUGCGGAUUCAGUUGUUUCAUCAAAUGCGUACGAAAUACGAACGCCAUUCGCAAUUUUCAUCACCACAUGUUUCCCUUCACAAACAAUUGAGUUAUGGAACAAAUACAAAGACGACAUACGUGAAGGUAUCUUACAUCGUUUGCGCAUUCGAACGAAUAAUCCCAGAAUGCAAAUAACCCAUAAAAUCUACAAUGAUGGAAUGAUUCUCAUUGAGGAUCAAUGCUUAGCUACUACUAAUUAA